CAGCAAUCAAAGAAAACGGAAAAAUAAAAGCGUAUUAAGAUUUCGUGUGGAAAGGAAAAAUGCUGUAGGCGCAGUGUAAAAUGCAUAUAUUGCGGAUAAAUCGCGUUUGUGAGAUGCUUAAACGCGAAUUCAACAUCAAGUCGGUGCAGAACUUCAAGGUGCAAUAACAAAAAUAUCCGAAUUAUCGAAAAAAGCAAAGUGCAAUUGGCCAGUUGAGACUACAACCACAAUAACAACGACAACAACAGCAACAGCAGUGAAAUAAUAAUAUAACCUUGUGUUUUGUUUUUUGUGGCUCAAAAAUCAGAUAUACACAAAGUUAAUCGAGGUGAACGGUGUAAAAGUGAUUAAAUAAUAACGGUUUAACAGGAAAACAGAGUUAUAGUGUGUGCGAGUGUGUGUGUGCGUAGUGACAACAAUACAAACGCAGAAACCAAUACAAGCGCACAAUAGUUUUCAUACAUAGGAAAACAACGAAAGUAACAGCGAUAAAUAAUAGAAAACAACAACGAAGAGUCUCAAAAAGUGCUGGAAAAACUCGCGAUAAGGAAAACAGGAACCUCCACAUCGGCAGAUCUUUUGAAUGCUGCCGCACUUUGAAAUCCGGAGACACAAUGGUUUCAUUAAUUGACACAAUCGAAGCGGCGGCCGAGAAACAGAAGCAGUCCCAAGCGGUGGUCACCAACACCUCCGCCUCCUCCUCCUCCUGUUCCUCUUCGUUCUCGUCCUCCCCACCAUCUUCGUCCGUUGGCUCCCCAUCUCCUGGCGCCCCAAAAACCAAUCUCACGGCCAGCGGCAAACCAAAGGAGAAAAGAAGGAACAAUGAAAAACGCAAGGAAAAGUCUCGCGAUGCGGCUAGAUGUCGUCGCUCCAAGGAGACAGAGAUAUUCAUGGAACUCUCGGCUGCUUUGCCAUUGAAAACCGACGAUGUCAACCAACUGGACAAGGCCUCCGUGAUGAGGAUCACCAUCGCUUUCCUCAAGAUUCGCGAAAUGCUGCAGUUCGUGCCCAGCUUGCGCGACUGCAAUGAUGACAUCAAGCAGGACAUUGAAACUGCAGAGGAUCAGCAGGAAGUCAAGCCCAAGCUGGAAGUGGGCACUGAGGAUUGGCUCAACGGAGCUGAGGCCAGAGAGCUCCUCAAACAGACCAUGGACGGAUUCCUGUUGGUCUUGUCCCACGAGGGAGACAUCACCUACGUGUCCGAAAACGUAGUCGAGUAUCUGGGCAUCACCAAGAUUGACACACUUGGCCAACAGAUCUGGGAGUACUCGCACCAGUGCGAUCACGCCGAGAUCAAGGAGGCUCUCAGCCUAAAGCGUGAACUUGCCCAGAAGGUCAAGGAUGAGCCGCAGCAGAACUCUGGAGUGAGCACCCAUCACCGGGAUCUGUUUGUGCGCUUGAAGUGCACCUUGACCAGUCGUGGACGAAGCAUCAACAUCAAGAGCGCUUCGUAUAAGGUCAUUCACAUCACGGGACACUUGGUGGUCAAUGCAAAGGGCGAACGUCUGCUGAUGGCCAUUGGCCGACCAAUUCCGCAUCCUUCGAACAUUGAGAUUCCGUUGGGAACUAGCACCUUCCUUACCAAACACUCCCUGGAUAUGCGUUUCACCUAUGUGGAUGACAAGAUGCAUGACUUACUGGGAUAUUCGCCCAAGGAUCUACUUGACACCUCUUUGUUUUCGUGCCAGCAUGGAGCAGAUUCCGAACGCCUGAUGGCCACCUUCAAGAGCGUGCUGAGCAAGGGACAGGGCGAGACCUCCCGCUACAGAUUUCUGGGAAAAUACGGUGGCUACUGCUGGAUUCUUAGCCAGGCCACGAUCGUCUACGAUAAGUUAAAGCCGCAGAGCGUCGUUUGCGUUAACUAUGUCAUAAGUAAUCUUGAGAAUAAACAUGAGAUAUACUCACUUGCUCAACAAACGGCGGCAAGUGAGCAAAAGGAACAACACCACCAAGCAGCUGAAACCGAGAAGGAGCCCGAAAAAGCAGCCGAUCCCGAAAUAAUCGCUCAGGAAACCAAGGAAACAGUAAACACACCUAUUCACACCUCAGAGCUGCAAGCUAAGCCAUUGCAACUUGAGAGCGAGAAAGCAGAGAAAACCAUCGAGGAAACCAAAACAAUUGCAACAAUCCCACCAGUAACUGCAACCUCAACGGCUGACCAGAUAAAGCAGCUGCCCGAGAGCAAUCCGUACAAGCAGAUCCUCCAGGCGGAGUUGCUCAUCAAGCGGGAGAACCACUCGCCAGGACCGCGCACCAUCACUGCCCAGCUGCUCAGCGGCAGUAGCAGCGGACUGCGUCCCGAGGAGAAGCGUCCCAAGUCGGUGACCGCUUCGGUCCUCCGCCCGAGUCCAGCUCCACCCCUAACACCACCGCCCACAGCGGUGCUCUGCAAGAAGACUCCGCUCGGCGUGGAGCCCAAUCUGCCGCCAACCACCACCGCUACGGCAGCCAUAAUCUCCUCGAGCAAUCAGCAGCUGCAGAUCGCACAGCAAACCCAACUGCAGAAUCCCCAGCAACCAGCUCAAGAUAUGAGUAAAGGAUUCUGUUCGCUAUUUGCCGACGAUGGACGAGGUCUGACAAUGCUUAAGGAAGAACCUGACGAUUUGUCCCACCACCUGGCCUCCACCAAUUGCAUUCAGCUGGACGAGAUGACUCCCUUCAGUGACAUGUUGGUUGGCCUCAUGGGCACCUGCCUGCUGCCCGAGGAUAUCAAUUCCCUGGACUCGACCACCUGCUCCACGACGGCCAGCGGCCAGCACUACCAGAGCCCCAGCAGCAGCAGCACCUCUGCACCCAGCAAUACCAGUAGCAGCAAUAAUAGCUAUGCCAACAGUCCGCUCAGCCCGCUUACACCCAAUUCCACGGCAACCGCUAGCAAUCCCAGUCAUCAGCAGCAACAGCAACAUCACAACCAGCAGCAGCAGCAGCAACAACAGCAGCAGCAUCAUCCCCAGCACCACGACAACAGCAACAGCAGCAGCAACAUCGAUCCGCUGUUCAACUAUCGCGAGGAGUCGAAUGACACAAGCUGCUCGCAACAUCUGCAUUCGCCUAGCAUCACAUCAAAGAGUCCCGAGGACAGCAGCCUCCCAUCGUUGUGCAGUCCCAAUUCACUAACACAGGAGGAUGACUUCUCUUUCGAGGCCUUUGCCAUGCGUGCGCCCUACAUCCCGAUCGAUGAUGAUAUGCCCCUGCUAACGGAGACGGAUCUCAUGUGGUGCCCACCAGAGGAUCUGCAGACCAUGGUGCCCAAGGAGAUCGACGCCAUACAGCAGCAGUUGCAACAGUUGCAGCAGCAACAUCACCAGCAAUACGCCGGCAACACUGGCUACCAGCAGCAGCAGCAGCAGCCGCAACUCCAGCAGCAGCAUUUCUCCAACUCCCUGUGCUCCUCGCCAGCUUCAACGGUCUCGUCAUUGUCGCCAUCGCCCGUGCAACAGCAUCAUCAGCAGCAACAGGCAGCGGUCUUCACCAGCGAUUCCAGCGAACUGGCGGCAUUGCUGUGCGGAUCCGGAAAUGGAACACUUUCGAUCCUGGCAGGUAGUGGUGUUACGGUUGCGGAGGAGUGCAACGAGCGGCUGCAGCAACAUCAGCAGCAGCAACAGCAGACGAGUGGCAACGAGUUCAGGACUUUCCAGCAGCUGCAGCAGGAGUUGCAGUUGCAGGAGGAACAGCAGCAGCGUCAGCAGCAGCAACAACAGCAGCAACAGCAGCAGCAGCAACAGCAGUUACUCAGCCUAAAUAUCGAGUGCAAAAAAGAGAAAUACGAUGUGCAAAUGGGAGGCAGUUUAUGUCAUCCCAUGGAGGAUGCAUUUGAGAAUGACUACAGCAAGGAUUCCGCCAAUCUGGACUGCUGGGACCUGAUUCAAAUGCAGGUGGUGGACACGGAACCCGUGAGUCCCAAUGCCGCAUCUCCCACUCCCUGCAAGGUGUCUGCCAUCCAGUUGCUCCAGCAACAGCAGCAACUGCAGCAGCAGCAGCAGCAGCAGCAGAACAUUAUCUUGAAUGCAGUGCCAUUGAUUACCAUACAGAAUAACAAGGAAUUGAUGCAACAGCAGCAGCAGCAGCAGCAACAGCAACAGCAGGAGCAGCUGCAGCAGCCGGCUAUAAAACUGCUGAAUGGAGCCAGCAUUGCGCCGGUGAACACCAAGGCCACCAUCCGCCUGGUGGAGAGCAAGCCGCCCACCACGACGCAGUCUCGAAUGGCGAAGGUGAACCUCGUGCCGCAGCAGCAGCAGCAUGGAAACAAGCGCCACCUGAACAGCGCGACAGGAGCGGGCAAUCCCGUGGAGUCCAAGCGUCUGAAGAGCGGAACCCUCUGCCUGGACGUGCAGUCCCCUCAGCUCCUGCAGCAGCUAAUUGGCAAGGAUCCUGCCCAGCAGCAAACCCAAGCAGCCAAGCGAGCAGGCAGUGAGCGCUGGCAAUUGUCGGCGGAGAGUAAACAGCAGAAGCAGCAACAACAGCAGUCGAACUCGGUACUAAAGAACCUGCUGGUCAGCGGACGCGAUGAUGACGAUUCCGAAGCAAUGAUAAUCGAUGAGGACAACUCCCUGGUGCAGCCAAUUCCACUGGGCAAAUAUGGCUUGCCCCUGCACUGUCAUACCUCCACGUCUUCGGUGCUGCGGGACUAUCAUAACAACCCGCUGAUCAGUGGCACCAACUUCCAGCUGUCUCCAGUCUUCGGAGGCUCCGAUUCCAGUGGAGGUGACGGCGAGACUGGGUCAGUGGUUUCCCUAGAUGACUCGGUGCCACCCGGCUUGACAGCCUGCGACACGGAUGCCUCCAGCGACAGUGGCAUCGAUGAGAACAGCCUGAUGGAUGGGGCAUCGGGGUCACCGCGUAAGAGGUUGUCCUCAACUUCCAAUAGCACUAAUCAGGCUGAGUCGGCACCACCGGCUUUGGACGUGGAGACUCCAGUGACCCAGAAGUCGGUAGAAGAGGAGUUCGAGGGAGGCGGAAGCGGCAGUAACGCCCCCAGCAGGAAGACUUCCAUUUCCUUCCUGGACAGCAGCAAUCCCCUGCUGCACACGCCGGCGAUGAUGGACCUGGUCAACGACGACUACAUCAUGGGCGAGGGUGGCUUCGAGUUUAGCGACAACCAGUUGGAGCAAGUCCUGGGUUGGCCAGAAAUCGCCUAGAUUACCAGUACCUUAGCAUGCACUGCAUUUGAUAUGAGGCAUUUGUUGGCGGAGGACGAGAGAAAACAUUGAAAUUAAACUGAGCAUCGAGAAGGAAGCUAACCAAAAGAUUGAUUUUGAGCCUUGCGUGAAAGUAGGACCCCGCACAACCAACUUGACAACUUGACAGGACCCAUCCCCACCAACCAUUUCCCCCUGACGAUGAUCCAACACUUGACCCCUGACCCCGACCCUGACCCUGGCCCCGACCCCAUGCUAACCGACACAUUUACAAACAGGAAGGGUUAAUCACACUUGAAUAGUUUUGUAGCCAUGUUAACUGCCUAGAACAGAAGAAUAUACACGUAUGUAAUUUAGUCUUAAUGUUUUUCUAUAUGCAAACCGUUUUCACAACAGAUGGAUGAGGAGCAAAAUAGCAGAGGAGAGUGGAAAACCAGUCGAAACAUAAUGAUAAACCUAUAGAUUACAAUGAGAAAAUACCGAUGAAAAAUGUUCAUAGUUUUUUGCUGGAAGGCUCAAACAAGUUUUUUGGUGAUGGUUGUAUUCUGGUUUAUAACUUUCAAGCAAAAAUGCUGUGACGAGAAAAAAAGUUUUUGAACAUGUUUUAAAAUAAAUAUUAACAAAAAAAAACAAGAAAACAACAAAAAAAUAUAUAGUAAUGUAAAAUUAGGUUUAAGGUUUUAAUUUCAAUGUUUUCAAGAGCUACAAUGAAUAAUUGUAGUUAUUAUAAUAUUUUUAACAUUAAUUAAUUGAACUAAGUGAAAAUUGGACCCGAUUCAGUUGAUCUAAACUUCAAAUACUUUGAGCAUUUCUAUAAAAUUACUUUCUGUCAAUCAUUUUUUAAAAACACUUGUCGAUUUCUUAUUCCUGAUUAACAGUUCUUUAUGUAAAUUAGUUAUAAUUCUGUUUAAGGCGCAUCAUACAAAACAAACUGUUUGCUUGCUUAAAUCCAAAUUCAAUCAAUGUUCAGUGUUUCUUAACUUGUUUUAACAUUAAUUGGCAAAAUAAAUAUAGAAUUCAUUUCGAUGAAAGUUGCAUGC